AUGGUCGCUCCACCCUCGACUGGUGGUGUCGCACCACAGGCUCCCACUAUAAAGCCAUCGUCAUCAGCUUCGAGAAUGAACGGCGCUCCUCCUGCUGCCAUGACCACGCCCUCGUUUCCCUACAGCGCCCGCUAUGCUCCACCUCUUGAUUUGCGAACCGUCGAGCGCAAAGGCCAUGCCUCCAGUCGCGAUCCUCCUGCGAGAAGGAGACUUCAUGACCUACCCGAAGCGCCCACUUUCCGACCUACAGAGGCAGAAUUUCGUGAUCCGAUGGAGUACAUUCGAAGUAUAUCGGAGAAGGCUAGCAAGUACGGUAUCUGCAAGAUUAUCCCGCCAGAAAACUGGAACCCAGACUUCGCCAUCGACACAGAGCGCUUUCAUUUUCGCACUCGGCGCCAGGAGAUCAAUCUGGUUGAAGGAGGAAAUCGUACGAAUCUCAACUAUCUAGACCAGCUGGCCAAGUUUCACAAACAAUAUGGCGCACACCUCAAUCGGUUUCCCUCUGUCGAUAAGCGUCCACUUGACCUUUAUAAACUCAAAAAGGCCGUCGAAGUCCGUGGCGGUUUUGAAAGAGUCUGCAAGGACAAGAAGUGGGCUGAGAUUGGCAGAGACUUGGGAUACAGUGGAAAGAUCAUGUCGUCACUAUCAACAUCCCUCAAGAAUUCCUAUCAACGAUGGCUACAUCCGUACGAGGAAUGGCUGAAGUACGCCAAACCCGGCGUCCAACAACAGCUCGAUCACGAACAUGGCGGAGCGUACUCACUAUCAGUCACACCCCAUCAACCUGGGAUCAAUCACCCACCUCCAUCUCAGUCUGCUGCGCCUGCCACUACAACGGAUUCUCCCAAACCCGCCCAAAGGUCCCUAACUCCCCAAAUACCAAAUUCUCCUGGCCCAUCACAACAGCAGCCAUCGGCACCAUCAAUACCACCUGCCACUCAACCGAGAGCGGUGUCAUCGUCAAGUUUCACUGCUGUUAACAGUGGCUUCACCGCGGUAAACAGCCCUUCAGGGUUUACGGCUGUGAAUUCCGCCCCACCUCCCGUGGUGAAGAAAGAAGUCAACGGUGUGGCAGCAUCGACCAAAACUCCGGCUCCCUCGUUCCCUUCAAUCAAUGGACCCACAAUAACGACAAUACAAAUGUCGAAUGGGACAUCGAACCCACUGAAGCGGACAAUGAGCCUUGACAGUCUCAAUGGCGAGUCUGGCUCCGAGGGAUUAGAUGGUGAAGGAGAUGGCGCAAAUGGCAGGAGAAGCAAGAGGCCUAAAAAGGACGUUAUGCCCACGAUUCCGGGCAAUCACAUACCUGCAAUGCGUCCGACAACCCCUCAAGUGCGUACCAAAACGGUCCCCCGGAGGCAUGGCGAGAAAUGCGAGAAAUGCGGAAAGUCAGACAACAAGGAGAGCAUUCUUGUAUGCGACAGCUGCGACACUGGGUAUCACAAGCAUUGUGUGGAGCCACCUUUGAACCAUGUGCCUGAAUAUGACUGGCACUGUUCGAAAUGCUUGGUGGGGACGAAUGACUACGGUUUCGAGGAAGGCAGCAUCUAUUCUUUGAAACAAUUUCAAGAGAAGGCCAACAACUUCAAAGAUCACUACUUUUCGGCCCGGAUGCCUUUCGACCCCAUCUCCAAUACACAAAGAAAACCGACCGAGGAUGAUGUCGAACGUGAGUUUUGGAGACUGGUUGAAGACAUCACUGAGUCGGUCGAAGUUGAAUACGGUGCAGACAUUCACUCGACGACUCACGGCAGCGGCUUCCCGACAGUGGAGAAGAACCCCCUCGAUCCAUAUUCGAAGGACCCCUGGAACUUGAAUGUCAUGCCAUUCCUCGAAGAGUCGCUAUUCAGGCACAUCAAGGGUGAUAUUUCUGGGAUGACGGUGCCAUGGCUAUACGUGGGCAUGUGUUUCUCGACAUUCUGCUGGCACAAUGAGGAUCACUACGCAUAUUCAGCAAAUUAUCAACAUUUUGGUGCCACAAAGACGUGGUAUGGCAUUCCUGGCAAAGACGCGUAUCGGUUUGAAGACGCAAUGCGAAAAGCAGUCCCCGAAUUGUUCGAGACGCAACCCGAUUUACUCUUUCAAUUGGUCACCAUUCUUCCGCCACAUCAGCUGCGAAAAGCUGGAGUCGAGGUUUACGCGCUCGACCAACGCGCGGGCCAAUUCGUCAUCACGUUUCCCCAAGCGUACCAUGCGGGAUUCAAUCAUGGGUUCAACUUCAACGAAGCCGUCAAUUUUGCGCCUGCUGACUGGGAACCAUUCGGCGAGGCAGGCGUGCAGCGACUGCAGGAAUUCCGGCGCCAACCAUGCUUCUCACAUGAUGAGCUUCUCUUCACUGCGGCGGCGUCAGAUGGCACAAUCAAAACAGCCAAGUGGUUGGGACCGGCGCUCGAGCGGACCCGAGCCCGAGAAUUGGCCGAACGUCAAGGCUUCGUGGCUCUGCACCAGCGACACUUUCCGCACGAUGACUGCACGUUUGAUACGUUGACUCCUGAGCCCACAGAGUCUUGCGGCCUGAUUAUCAAGGUCGAGAAUGUCGAGCUUGAAGAGGAUGAAUAUCAGUGCUGCUAUUGUAAAGCGUUUUCUUACCUUUCUCAAUUCCGGUGCCACCGCAGCGGCAAGGUCACAUGUCUUUUGCACCCUGAGGUGGCUGAUUGCUGCCCUGCCUCUCCCAGUGAAAGGCUGAGGGGACCCAACCAUAGCCUUUCGGUGCGUUACACCAACCAGGAGCUGAGCAAUAUUGUUCAGAAAGUGGUGGACAGAGCAAACGUCCCUGAAGCAUGGGAGGCAAAGGUAGAGGCUCUGUUAGCGGACGAAGCUCGACCUGCCCUCAGGUCAAUGCAUACGCUCCUGACAGAAGGCGAGAAGAUACCAUGUCCGCUAAAGGGAUUGGAUGAUCUGGCCGAUUUCGUCAAGAAAUGCGACCAAUGGGUGGAUGAGGCAAACCUCUACCUCACCCGAAAGCAGCAGAACAGACGAAAGAAUGAUAAGUCUUGGCGACGUUCUUCUCUCCGGUCUGGCAGAGCAGAGGACAAGGACACUGAGCCACAACUCACCGUGGAACGUAUGAAGGAAUUGAUUGAAGACGGAGAGCUGCUCGGGUUCACUGCGCCUCAGCUCGAAAGUCUGAGAGAAAAAGUCACCCGUGUCGACGAGUGGCGGGCCAGCGUGAAUCGCAUCUUGACGGGCCAGCAUCAAGCGAUGCCCGACGAGCUGGACACUUUGCUCGAGGAAGGCCGCGGGUUUGUGGCUGCUAUGCCUGAACUGACAAGUUUGGAGCAAGUCUACGCGCGGACGAACUGGCUACAAGAUGUUCAAAAGGUUCAGAAAGAUGUGCAGUCAAAGACACUUGAUGAUUGCAAAGAACUUCUCAAGCGUGCUACGGAACUAGAAAUCACACCACAAGUGCCUGAAAUUUUGUUUCUGACUGAAGUGGUGAGACAGGGUGAGUUCUGGGAGAUCAAAGCAAAAGAAGUCAUGGCGGCCGAGGAUGUCCACUAUCCACAGUUGGAAUCGCUACACUCGCAAGUGCAGAAUCAAGUCUUCCCCGUCAACAAGGAGACCUUGGAGCAGAUGGACGUCAUUCUAGCUAAGAAUCGUGAGGCGAAACGGCAGAUCAUAACGUUGGUCGAACGGAGCCAUGACCCAGAUUUCCGAAAGCGCCCGAUGUAUGUGCAUGUCAGGGAUGUUGUCAAGAGCUUUGAAGAUCUGAACGGCAAACCUCACGGCGCUUCCGACUUGGAGAAAGAAUUGAGACGACACGAAGAUUGGAUGAGGAGAGGCAAGAAAUUGUUUGGCAAGGCCAACGCCCCACUUCACAUCCUCGAACAACACAUGAAGUUUGUGGAGGAGAAGAACAAUUACUGCUUCGACCUGAAUGACACGUUCAGGCCCCCAGUCGAACCGGCGUCGCGAGAAGCUACUCCCAUUGAGGGUCAGGAGAAGGGCGCGCUUGGUGAUGAGGAGAAGCCUGUUUUCUGUAUUUGUCGCCAACCAGAGGCGGGGCUUAUGAUUGAGUGCGAAAUUUGUCACGAUUGGUAUCAUGCAAAAUGCCUCAAGCUUGCAAGAGGAAAAGUCAAGGAAUGCGAGAUGUUCACUUGUCCUAUUUGCGAUUGGCGAGUUAAGAUCCCUCGAGAUGCAGCCCGGCCGAAACUCGAGGAUCUACAGGCCUGGCAGGAUGAAAUCCAGGAUCUACCCUUUCAACCGGAGGAGGAAGACUUGCUCAAGCGAAUAAUCGAUAAGGCGCAGGCAUUCCGCGAGUUCCUGAUGCGAUACACCACCAGCGGCCAGCUUUGUCGGACGAUUGACGAGAUGCCAGAAAUGCUGUUCUACCUCCGCAAGAUCGAGGGCGCAGAAGUUCUUCUGGCCUACGAAACAAACGUGUUACGGCAAGAGCUGCACAAAUGGCAGCCUAUUGCUCCCGAGCCACCGCCUAUUCUGGAUCAGAGUCUGUCGACCCGCAAACCUCGGCCAACAAAGCAGCAGAAGUUGAUGAAGGAGCUGGGAGUCGAGAAGCCCGAGGACCUUCCACCGCACUUACGCACAAAGACCUACGUGCGAAGAAAGACGCAGGAAUCGUUUGUUACCGGGCCUCUGCUUCCGAAGCCGUCAACGCAAUCACCGUCAGCACCAGGCUCGGCCGCCAGUCCCAGUCAGAAUGGUACGACCGCUGAAGGUUCUUCUGCCAUGCAGAGGCAAGAAUCCAACGACAAUGCACCACCCAGUAGGACGUUUGAAGCUGGAUUCAUAUCCGGAUCGUCCUUUGCAGAACGUCGCCCUUCUCCUUUUUCACCCAACUCACCGUCAUUGUUCAGCCCCACUAGGGAGCCACCGCAUGAAGAGCUGAGGGAUCCGAUGAUGCCCACAUUUGGUGGAGAUAACUCGGAAGGACGAAACCACGACCCGUCAUUCCCUAUGUUCCGAUCGGACGCUGGAUUGGGUCUCGAUGGCGAAGACGAUAUCGCUAGCGGACUUUCCAAUGCAUCUGCGAGUGCACCAAACUCUGCCAGGGGCGGCUCAUCAUCGGGAAGAGGUGAAUACGAUAACAUGUUCAUGGACAUGACAAAUCCUGAUGCGGACACGAGUAAUGAGCCUGUGCCGAGCCUGGAGCAAGAGGCCGGCCACGCGAGCGAGGCACUUGACAUGAUUCGAACAGCGAGCAAUGAUUCGGUGGGCGAUCAUGGGGACUCGGAGGAUGGAGAUAACGUCUCCAAACACUUUGACGACUUUAUCAAUGGAGACGAACAGAGCUAG